AUGUCCUCUGGUGCCGCAAACGUCGAGUCGGCCGAAGCUGCCACUGCCAACGUUCCUUCAAUGGACAAAGGCGUGGUUGAGAACGCGCAACAGCACGACGAAGCACAGGCCCAAAUUUCUGAUAAAGAGGCGCUCAAUGAAGUACUCGUAGGCCCAAAUGGGGAGCAGUACCCAACGAGCGAGGAGCUCAAGACAUUGAGACGGACUCACGGCCAUGUGCCGUGGUUACUCUAUACUAUCGCCUUCGUCGAGCUUUGCGAGAGAUUCGCCUACUACGGAACCACGGUCGUUUUUGCCAACUAUAUCAAUUGGCCCCUGCCUCCAGGAUCCAAGACAGGAUCCGCGGGGACGGAUGGCCAGGCCGGUGCGCUGGGUUAUGGCUCUCAAGCUUCCACCGGACUCAUCCUCUUCAACUCUUUCUGGUCAUAUGUGAUGCCGAUGCUUGGUGGUUACUUGGCCGACACAUACUGGGGCCGCUAUAAGACGAUCAAUGUAGCUAUCGUCGUUGCUACCUUCGGCCACAUUAUCAUCGUCAUCAGCUCGAUUCCGGGGGUGAUUGAACAUUCCAAUGCUGCCAUUGGCGUGUUCUGCGUCGGACUGAUCUUCUUCGGCAUGGGCGUUGGAUUCUUUAAAUGCAACAUUUCUCCUCUCAUUGCGGAGCAGUACGAGGCCGCCCACCCAAGACCGAUCGUCUACACCGAGAAAACCGGAGAACGGGUUAUCCAUGAUCCAUACCUCACAAUAUCUCGCAUCUACAUGCGGUAUUACUUCUUUAUCAAUGUCGGUGCGCUCGUGGGGCAGAUUGCGAUGGUCUACGCGGAGAAAUAUGUGGGAUUCUGGUUGGCAUUCUUGCUGCCCACAAUUAUGUUCCUUUUCUGCCCGCUUGUCAUGAUCUGGUGCCGCAACAGAUAUGUAAGACAUCCACCAACAGGCUCUGUUCUGUCUUCAGCUGUACGUCUCAUCAGACUGGCCAUGGACGGCAAAUGGACUCGUCCAAAGGAAGUGGGUGGCGAUGCAUUCUGGGACCGGGUCAAACCUUCCAAUAUCGACAACAAGCCGUCCUGGAUGACAUUUGACGAUGCUUGGGUUGAACAGGUUCGACGUGGCCUCUCAGCCUGUGCCGUUUUCACGUUCCUCCCCAUCUACUGGCUCAGUUACUCGCAGAUGACGAAUAAUCUGGUCACUCAGGCGGGCACGAUGAAGUUGGACGGCCUGCCGAAUGACCUGGUGCAGAACUUGGACCCGAUCGCCUUGCUGAUUUUCAUCCCAAUCUGCGACAAGUUCAUCUACCCAGCAUUAGCCCGGAAAGGCAUCAAGUUCACCCCAAUCAAGAAGAUCACAUGGGGUUUCGGAUUUGGCUGUCUGUCGAUGGUGGUAGCAGCCAUCAUACAGCACUACAUUUACGUCAACGCCCCUUGCGGCAACAACGCCACCGAUGGGGACUGCAUCGCCGAACUUGGGCCCCCGGACAUGAGCGUUUGGAUCCAGACGCCAGCGUACGUGCUCAUUGCGUUUUCUGAGAUCUUUGCAUCCAUCACGUCGCUCGAGUACGCUUUUACGAAAGCGCCAAAGAACAUGCGCUCUUUUGUGACGGGGUUGUACUGGUUCACAAACGCCUUCUCGAGUGCUAUUGCACAGGCGUUCGUGCCAUUGGCGGUGGACCCGCUGUUCACCUGGCUCUACACGUCAAUUGCUUGUAUCAGUUUUGUGGGCAUGGUCUUGUUCUGGAUCUGUUUUCGGAACCUGGACAAGGAGGAAGAUGCGCUCAAUGCUCUCCCGGAAAGUACUUACCGAGGCCGGAAAAACAGUAUCACGGACGUUGAAGCGAUCCGGAAAGAACAGAGUAGGCAGGCGAAGAUCAGAGAGGUGCAAGGCUUCGCUCGCGGUCCUGCGGUAGUCACUACCGCUGAACCAAAGGCAUGA